UAACAUUGACAACUUCCGGCAUUUUGUCUUGUGUACUUUUCUUUUCGUCCAAAACUGUCAAGAUGGCUCGUGGACCCAAAAAACAUUUGAAGCGCUUAAACGCUCCGAGAGGAUGGAUGUUGGAUAAGACCGGUGGUGCCUUUGCACCUCGGCCAUCCACUGGACCGCACAAAUUACGCGAAUCGUUGCCGUUGGUGAUCUUUCUGCGUAAUCGUCUGAAGUACGCUCUGACGAACAAUGAGGUAACCAGGAUUGUAAUGCAGCGUCACAUUAAAAUUGACGGCAAGGUGCGCACCGAUCCGAACUACCCGGCUGGAUUUAUGGAUGUCAUCACUAUUGACAAAACCAACGAAAAUUUCCGUUUGAUCUAUGAUGUCAAGGGUCGUUUCACUGUUCACCGUAUCACCCCUGAGGAAGCCAAGUACAAACUUCUGAAAGUGAAACGUGUCCAGAUCGGUCCGAAGCGUGUCCCUUACAUUCUGACUCACGACGGACGCACCAUUCGCUAUCCGGAUCCAAUCAUUCAUCAGAAUGAUUCGAUCCAGUACGACAUAGCCACCGGCAAGGUGAUGGAUGUACUGAAGUUUGAACCAGGAAAUCUGUGUAUGAUCACCGGCGGAAGAAAUUUGGGUCGUUGUGGAACCGUAAUUCAGCGAGAAAAACAUCCCGGAUCGUUCGAGAUUGUUCACGUGAAAGAUGCUACUGGACACGUUUUUGCCACUCGAUUGACCAACGUCUUCAUUAUUGGCAAGAGCAUCAAGGCAUUCAUUUCGCUACCCAAGGGUAAGGGUGUUAAGCUGUCCAUCGCCGAAGAACGCGACCGACGACUGGCUAGCAAGGCUGCGCAUUAAAGGAUUACACCAUCCCGGAAGUGUACGAGUGUUAUUUUUGUUCACGUACAGAUUGAAAGACAAAUUGUCGGAAAAUUCAUUUGAAGAUUCACAUCUGUAUUCAAAUGCUGGAAAUAAGAAACUGAUGAAAAACUAAA